CUUAAAGGGCAAGUCAGACCUGAGUCAGAAUCUUAUCUCUGCCAGACUGCGAGUCACUCUUUUCGGUGGGUCUAUCGGCUCAGGCUAGAUCUACCUUGGUUCGAUGCUGAGGGCUGCCGGUAGAAUUAAAACAUGAACGGACAACCGUUAUGGCCUCCUGGUCAUGCACUCAAACUCCUCCAGAAAAUACAAAGGCAUGAGUCUGCUCUGGAACUCGUUUACACGUCCCAUGAGCGUUGGCCUUGCCCUCGACUGCCCAUUCACCCACAACGUAAACCUGACACCAUUCGUAUAUCUGUCUUAGAUUCUUCCUUCAAUCCACCGACAUGUGCCCAUCUUGCUCUGGCAAACUCUCGACCUCCACGGUACACUAUGAAAUCGGGCCUCACAGCCUCGGCUUUGGCAUCAGCAGCUGAGCUCGAUUAUGAUGCAAGGCUGCUGCUGCUAUCCGUGCGGAACGCCGAUAAAGCACUGAAACCUGGCGAUGCAACAUAUGAGCAGCGUCUGGAGAUGAUGUACCUCUUAUCAAAGGACAUAUCAGCAUCGGUCUCGCAGCUCCCUGAGGAUAAGCCCGAGUCUGCGCACGCCAACGUCGCAAUAGCCAUCGUCGAUGAACCAACUUUCGUCGGAAAAGCCAUAGUUCUUCGGCGGUUCCUGCGUGCGCGGAUUUCGGGCUUGUAUCCUCCUGCAAUUGCUCUGGACAAAAUGGCAACAUCACCUACUUCUAGUGAAAUAUCAAUGCCCGAUCCACGCCUAAUGUUCCUGAUUGGCUUUGAUACUCUCGUCCGCCUUCUGUCUCCGAGAUAUUAUGCAUCUGAAGCUGCGAUGAUGGAUGCUCUUCGUUUGUUUUUCUCGCCUGUGGGAGAUGAUUGCUAUGUGGUAUGUGCGCGGCGGAAAUUGGCAGAAGUGGAACAUUUGGUACAAGAGGAAGUAGAAGCAAAGACUUUUUCCGCGGCAAAGGAGUUCGUGGAGAGCGAGCGAGUUACGUUGAUCAGUAUAGGUGCUGACGGAGUUGACGAGCAAACCAGCUCAAGCCAAGUGAGAACCAAGGUUGCACUGCAGGACGAGACAUGGAGGAGCCUCGUUACUUCAUCCGUCGCCAAUUAUAUCAUUCAGAACGGCUUGUACGUUUCUUGAUUCUGUCACUAGCCUCGCAUUCGCACACC